AUGCAUCCUGCCUGGGUGCUUCUCGCGGCGUUCGGUCAGAGCCAGGCGAGGCCAACAGUGCAAUCGAGCUCCUGCAUGCGCAAAAACUCCGACUUCCACCAGAAUAUCGGUGUGCUGGAAUAUGUCAAUCCUCUGAUUGGCACGUAUGGCCCUUCACCUAACAGCAAUGGCGGGAUGAUUCCCUCGGUGGCUCCUCCCUUCGCAAUGACCCGAUGGACACCCCAAACUAGAGAGAACUUCAUCUCGCAAGUCCCAUACGGAGAUGGCGAUCGCAUCAUCCACGGCUUUCAGGCAACCCACCAGCCCGCCAUUUGGAUGGGGGAAGCUGGCCAAGUGGUGAUAACUCCCGGGGUUGGAAAAGUGCAACCGCUUUUCGAAAAUCGAGGUCUGGCGUUCCGAAAGGAAGAUGAGAAGAGUACACCAUAUGUGUACGAAGUGCUCCUGGACGCGACACAAUUGAUCGGUCGUGACUGGAACGCCACCGCCGAGGCGGCAGGAGGUGGCCCCAAUCCAGGUAAAUGCGCUCUUGUUGGAAUGAUUGAGCAUGGUACAAACAAGAGCUGA